AACUAUCCGUACUUUUCCCUCUCCAGAUCUACAGAAACGGAUCAUCGACCGCAUCGAGAGAAAUGGCAGCUCCAGACCAGCUCUUCAAUCUGCGAAACAACUUCUACUUGGGUGCUUACCAAGCCGCGAUCAACAACAGCGACCUCCCCAACCUCUCCCCGGAGGACGCCGUCGAGCGCGAUUGCCUUGUCUACCGCUCUUACAUUGCCCUCGGCAGCUACCAGCUUGUGAUCAAUGAGAUCGACUCCUCCGCUGCUACGCCUCUCCUAGCCGUGAAAUUUCUUGCUCUCUAUCUCUCCUGUCCUGAUAAUAGGGAAUCAACAAUUUCAAGCUUGAAGGAGUGGUUGAAUGAUUCAGCCAUUGGAAGCAAUCCUAUUUUGCGGCUGAUAUCUGGGAUCAUAUUCAUGCAUGAAGAGGACUAUAAUGAGGCUUUGAAACACACCAAUACUGUGGUUCAUGCAGGGAACAUGGAACUGCAUGGAUUAAAUGUCCAAAUAUACAUAAAGAUGCAUAGAUCAGAUUUUGCAGAAAAGCAGUUGCGGCUUAUGCAACAAAUUGAUGAGGACCACACUCUCACUCUGCUCGCAGAUGCAUGGGUGAAUUUGGCAGUGGGCGGUUCCAAGAUACAAGAAGCAUAUCUUAUAUUCAAAGAUUUUUCUGAGAAAAAUAUAAUGACAGGGCUGAUCCUCAAUGGGAAGGCAGUUUGCUGUAUGCACAUGGGAAACUUUGAUGAGGCUGAAACUCUGUUGCUUGAAGCUCUAAACAAGGAUGCUAAGGAUCCAGAAACACUAGCCAAUCUUGUUGUGUGCAGUCUUCACCUUGGUAAAUCCUCUUCUUCACGUUAUCUCAGCCAAUUGAAGCUUUCUCAUCCUGAUCACAUACUCGUCAAACGCAUAUUGUCAGCAGAAGAAAGUUUUGAGAGGGCAAUUCAGGCAAGUUGCUUGAAAACUGGGAUUUAGACAUUCAAAAGAGCAUGAUGACGACCCUUUCUAAUUUUGUUUUGAAUGUUUUGUUCUCUAGUUUGUACAAUGAUGUUACAUCUCUUGGGACAUUCCUGCAACAUUUAUCCAUUGAGGAAUGUUAACAUGCUAUCUACUUCA